CACACCCAGGCAUGCCAUUGUUCUGUCUUUGAUUCCACUGGGCGCUAUACUUUUACUCUGGACCGCUAACACCUCGAAAUGUCCGCGCAGGACGACCUACCCACGCCUUCGGUUUCGUCUACAAGCAUCGAGUCGGCUGGUACGCUCGGCAGCAAGGACUAUAGCUCUCUCGAAUCGAUUUUUGCUUCGAAAAGAUCCCCAGAUGGUCCAUCGUCAGUUGAUGGAGAAGAACAGGCGCUAGACUCAAAUGAGGUGCUGGAGUUGCAAGCUUUUAGUGAGCGGAAGGAGUGGAUUGUUGAGAAAAUCAAGGUUCUCAGCAGCAUGCCACCGAUAGAACUAUUCACAGGCAUUGAUUCCAUCCGGUCGUCCGAGGAGGUGGCACCAGGACUGCCCAGUCGCGCAGAACUUCAGCAGUGGCUCGUCGAACAUGACAAGAUCGAAAAGGAGACAGAAGUCUUUGACUCUGGAGAGCUCAAGAAAUUCAAGAAGUUUACGAAAGCCGUUGCUAAGCGCAACUUAUCCCCGGAAGACACUGACCUCAUCGAGCUGACGUUGACGACCAUAUAUGAAUUCGACAAACUCGUACAUCUGCUCCGCGACAGGUCGGAGAACCUGGACCUACUUGGUGUUAGACUUACUUGGGAGGAACAGCGCGCCGCAGCUUGGAAAGAGCGACGAUCCAUACUCGCCGACCUUCAGACAUUUCUUGCUACUCGGGCCAGAUGGUCACCUUCCGUCUACGACACAGUCGUGGCCGUCGACCAUCCCUUGCCUUUUCGUCGUGACUCUGCCGCCUCCAUGGCCUCCGAUACUUCGGCAUCGUAUCCCUCAGGAUUCUCGCGUACCGUCCGGUUUAAACUUGCGGAGUCCCUUUCACGGGACGCGGCUUUGUUCUCGACACGAAUCUCGUCUCUUCGUCACAGCAGAAUCACCGUCGCUGGAAAAGCGUUGGACAAACUGAUUGACAGAAGUCGGAAGCCGGUGCCGGAUGAGAUACUGGACGAACAGGAUAGUUUGGAGGACCAAGGGAUCAACGAGAUGGAGAACAUCGGGAAGUUUGUUAUGAGCGUAGUCACGCAAUGGAGAAAGGCUGAUGAAUUCUACGUCGAGACAACGAAAGAUUCUGCCGCUGCCCAGGCACUGCAAGAGGAGAUUGAGUCCGCAAAACUGGGCCACCCGGCGGCUCGCCAGGAUGCGGCUUUUACGUCUCGAGCAAGUGCCAUCACCAAACGAUUGCUCUCUAGAGGGAAUCCUUUGUCCUCCACCAGCACCCUUCCUAGACCCACCCACAGUCUUUUCACUGAGCAGGCGGCCGCAAACAAGGAAAUGGCGCAGUUGCUAUCUUCAGAGCUCGGUACUGCCAUGGAUGCCGGAAGACAGGCGGAGAAGAGUGCUCGAGAGUAUCACACACGCUUCGAGGCCGUUAAACGCGUCGAAACAUUGUGUGCCACGGCGAAGGAACUCUCGACGAAAUAUGACUCCAUCAUCGAACGUUUCAUGACUGGUGCUGCCGGAGGUGAAGGUGAUGGCUCCCCACCGAAUCUGACUACUCCUCAAUGCCUCGACCCGACUCGACAUUCGUCCUUCCUCGCCCUCUUGCCGAAUCUCUUACGCGAGCUCGAAAAUGCCAAUCAGGAGGCAGAAAGUCUACUACCGAACGCUCGUGCCGCACUACUCGUCACGGAUCAAUUUCCUACAGAUCCUGCUUUCAAACAAGAUGCGCUGGCGGCAAUCGACAAGUUGGCCUCGCUCAAGACACAAGCUCAUGACGCUCGCAACGAUAUCGAGACCCAAGUCAACCUCCUCCGCGACAUGCGCAAAACGUGGGCACUGGCCAGGACGAUUUUACAAGAAGUAGAGGCUGUUCGAGGCGAGAUAGGCGACGCGAUGGAGCAUAAACGAUGGCGACAACAGUCGGUAUCCAAUGGAGUCCCCCUUACUCCUGAGAGCCCCUCCUCUCCGCUACUCUCUUCGUCGGUUACUUCCAGCCAGUCGUUGGAACGACUAGACAGCCUCAGCGUCAGGCUUAACCAGGAGGUUCUUCCCCGCGUCUCAGGACUUCCUCCAUCGCUCGAUCCUGCUGUACGAGUCUACAUGGCUGAGCGGUUCGAGGGGUUGACUGCUUUCAUGGACCAAAUCAAGCAAAUGGUCUACCUCUCCGAUCGUGUCCAGCAACAGGCAUCUGCAAUGACCGAAAUUCAGGAUGCUGCUCACGGUUUCCAGAGAAGAUUUGCCGAUGUGGAAGGUCGUUUCGAGUCGAUGGCGCAAUCCGUACUGGCUGCCGACGCGUCCAUGGCAGCUUCAGACGUUUCCGAGGAUGAGGACCUGACACGGGAUGCGCACGAGCUCGAAGCUGAAGUCCAAUCCUUCGUCGACGGAUUGAGCCACAAAGUGUCCUUCGUGGCCUCACCGCACACUCUUCAAGGCCGAUCGCUCCCUGUCAAACGUCGUUUCUCGUUGGCUGGAGAACUCUCAAUGGAUAGUCUGAAGACGGUUCCACCUCUCGAGAUUCCAUUCGACCUUGCCGCACUGGACGAGUCUGUUCGCCACGACUCGAACGCUUACGCUCUCAGUCUCAUGAGUGGCGUCUCGACGCUACAACGGAAGGCCGAAUAUCUUCGUGUGGCCCGGAUGGCGAAGCUCGUCGAUUCCAGCGUGGAGGCUUUGAACAAGGCUAUCGAUCUCGCUUCAACUGACCUUACUGCACUCCAUGACCCUUCUGCCAGAUUGCCUGCUUCGAACCCCGCUGAAGAUCUAUCACAGCUUCUAUCGGUGGCGGACAAGAUCAAGCACUUCUCUGACGAACGCCGCUCCGAGCUAUCCCAGUCGUUCGGUCCUAUUCGUGAGCUGAUUGUCGAUAUGGACGCCGCUGCGACUCGCUGCGAGAGUCCAUUGGGCCGUAACCUGUUCCAGGCGCGCUCUCGAGACCUCAAGGACGUGGAGUCUAAAUUCGAGAAGUGGUUGCAAGAGGUGGAUUCUCGGAAGUCUGACAUUGCGGAGGCGCAAAGGCUCGCGAGGGAACGAUUAGCGGAGGAAGAGCGGUUGCAGGCUGAGAGGGAGAGGCAAUUGGCUGAAGAGCAGGCAAGGUUGGAGCGCGAAAGGCUGGAGGCGGAGGAGAAGGAUAGGUUGGAACAGGAACGUCUGAUUGCGGAGGAGCAAGCACGGUUGGAGAAGGAGCGUGUGGAGGCUGAAGAGAGACAGAAGGAAGCUCAGAGGCUACUCCAAGAAGAAGAGCAUGUGCGGAUGGAGGCACAACGUGCUGAAGAGAGACGUCUUGAAGCGGAGGAACUGCAACGACUAGCUGAGGAACGGGCGAGAGCUGAGGAAGAGGCGAGGCAAGAGCGAGAACGGCUUCAAACAGAGAUUGCUCGUCUUCAAGCGCAAGACCAAGACCAUGCCCGGAAAUCGGAGGAAGAGAUGGCUAGGAGGCAGGCUGUCGAGGCAGAACUGGAAGCGGAGCGAUCUCGGAGGUCCAUGGAUGAUGUUAAGGACGACGCGGAAGACGUCUUUGGUCUGCGUGUCGCACCGGCCACAUCUGACGACGCUCUGAGCCAAGAAGACCUUGACCUCCAAGCGCAUAUUCAGGAUCUUCGCCAACGACUUCGCACAAUGAGCCUGCAUACUCUCGCCCGUCCGUCGGCAUCUACUCCGUCUCUUCCAUCUCGAGAACAGAGCGAUACGGUGUCCACCGAGUUUUUAUCUCUUGUUGAAGAAGCCGAUGCCCUACCCGCCGUCGCCGCCGCACCAUCGGUCGACGUAGAGUUACUCUCUCUGCGGAUGGAAGUUCAGGCAUCUAAGCAACUAGUCCAGCGAUUGGGAGACCUCGCACAGAUGGCUCAGGCUGUUCAAGAAUGUGAUGCUGCUUUGAGCGACCUCCUGGAACACGUUGACAGUUACCCGAGUCCUCCUGGCGUGACGCUCUCGGGUCACAUUACCACGACUUCUCUGCCACCAGAAGAACAAUUGACUGCCCGGCUUUCCUACACGCACGGACUUGUCGCCGACGUGGAUGCUCGCCAUGCCGUGGUCGCAGACGAUUCACGGGCCACAUCAGAGCAGGCGCGCAUUCUUCAAACAUGGAACGAACUGGAGUACAUGGCGUCAGACUUGAUCCAAGAGAGGAAGUCGAGACCUGGCAGUGCUAUCAGCUCUAGCUCCAGAUCCGGGAGAGCCAGUCGUGCGUCAGUUGACAGUUCAAGACCUGAUCCUCGCAAGAAGACUAGUCACUUCUCCACGCUGUCCGUCGGCGGCCCUGGCGGCCCUUCACGAGGACGAGGAGGAUACUUGAAACCGCCACCUGCCACCUCAAGGAGGAUUGUCUCCAAUCGCGAGGAUAGACCACCCCCGAGGUCUACCAGCAGAGCAUCUGUGGCGUCAUCGCGCUCAGUGUCUGGUCCAAAUGUUGCGGGGAUAACUUCGAGACUGACCCAAUCCACAUUCUCUUCUCGUCAACGGACGACUAGUUUAACCGCAUCGGAUGCGUCUGCUCCAACCUUGCGUCCAGCAAAACCAAAGCAGCUCUUCCCAUCGACCUCGCGACCACGUCUUCAGUCUGGCAACAGCAACCGUGCCGGUUCUCCUACCUUUUCGGAGAUCUCUUCAAUUACGCGGUCAUUUGGUGGACGCCCGUCCCGUUUGUCGUUCUCUCAGCAGUCAUCCACAUUGCCCCGUGGCCCUCGACUAUCCGUUUCGUCGCAGCAUCGUAACUCGCCGCCAUCAAAAAUUCCGAAGCCAAAGAAGAAAUAUGUCGCGAACCCGAAGAACAAGCUCGAUGUCGCCGUAGGGGACGUUGUCAAUGCCCUUCCUGUAGAGAUCAAUAUUGAGGUCGUCCAAGAGGGUUGGAAGGACCAGAGCGGGAAGUAUUGGAUCGGUGGCGACGACCCUAAGCUGUGCUUUUGUCGGAUCUUACGCUCUCAUACGGUUAUGGUUAGAGUGGGAGGCGGGUGGAUGGAACUUUCAAAAUUCAUCAAGACGCAUUUUGCCGACAUGUUUAGACUUCUCCCUAUCGAGCACACUUCGCCAAAACUAGGCUCACGAGAGGAGAAAUGGAUCAGCUCGGCAACUCUUAUGGAGGCCCCGGAGAUUAUUCCUGGCCCACCGCGAGCUCCACAGACGCCAGAGCCUCACGGGACGCCACCACUACUUCCGUCGUUCGCUCUCUCAACACCGAGUGGGAAAAGCCCUCAAUCGAUGAAGACCACAUCUUCGCCAGGCUCCCCUCUGACUCCUCUUCAAUUCAUGCGACGCGCCGAUGGGGAGACUGUACACCCUACGAUGCGGCCAGUUACACCUUCAACGCGGCCACCGUCCGCACUGCGUUCUGUUAGAACCACACCUCGGGGACCUUCAUGGAGGCCCUAAUUGACCUGUCCGUCUAGAACAUCAUACAAGUAUCUCUCCUUUUUGGUUCUGUUUCUUCCUUUUUGGUUCGCCUGCUGGACUUGAUUUGCAUCCCCCAUCUCAUUACAUUAUAUAUUUACACGCGUUCUUCUGUUCUCCUCUUGCUCCGUACGUGAUAUUUAUGCGCGCCAUCUUUUUGCGUGUUGAUGUACCAGGGGUUCAAUUUCCCUGUAUCUACGUUUGUGCCACGAUCUCGCAUGGACCUUUUUGUACGAUCCUAUAUUGCUCACUCAUCACGGUCUGCUCAUGCUGCACUGACUUGUCUCCUUCAUUCCUUCGUUUACUUCCAACUCAAUCCAGACGAACUAUAUCUUCAAACGAACUAUAUUUCCAAACUAUAUCUACCGAACACUAAUCUAUUAGCAUCUUUGUUGUGUCUCGAUUCUUACCACAUCCUUUGUCUUUCCAUCCUAGUACUGUUUUUGUUUUACGAACGUCAAUGACUCACGCUGGACGGUUCAGCAUUUUCGG